UCCGAACCGCUGCAUUGUGGGACAUUUAUUAGCAGACCGGCAAAUUUUACCAACGUGAGCAAAGCAAAGGAGAAGCGAAUAUGGCCGAAAACCAGAGAUGGAUACCGUUAGAGUCAAACCCUGACGUACUGAAUAAGUAUAUAGCUAAACUGGGUGUCCCUACAGAAUGGCAGUUUCAGGACAUCUAUGGAUUGGAUCCUGAUCUACUGGCGAUGGUUUCCCAACCAGUCGUGGCUGUCAUGUUGCUCUACCCAAUUACAGAAAAGUCAAAAGCCACACCUAUUGGGACAUUUGAAGAGGACUCAAAAUCUGAAACCUACUUCGUGAAGCAGACUAUUGGUAAUGCAUGUGGAACUGUGGCUAUUGUACAUGCCCUAGCUAACAACAAAGAGAAAAUCCAGUUUAUAGAUGAGAAACCUUUUGCCAGCUUUUUGAAGUCAACAUUGGAUAAGUCACCAGAGGAGAGAGCUACUUGCCUGGGGACUGACGAAAGUAUGGGAGCUGCCCAUGAUGACAGUGCACAUGAGGGUCAGACUAAGGCUCCUUCUGCAGAUGAAAAAGUCAAUACACAUUUUGUGGCCUUUGUAUGCAAAGACGGUAAACUGUAUGAAAUGAAUGGAAGCAAUCCUAGCCCAACAUUCCAUGGAGAUACCACACCUGAUACACUGUUACAGGACUCUGUCAAUGUUGUCAAGAAGUUCAUGGAGCGUGACCCCACAGAGCUCAACUUUACUCUGAUGGCCUUGUCCAAAGUGAACUAAGGUCAUGACCUUGACAUCUUGCUUUGCGGUAACAUUCCUAAAGGAAGUCAGUGACAUGGUUGUCUGGAAUUAAUGGGACACUUCCAGGAUGCAGUACAAUCUACUGUGGUUUUGUUCUUUUGUGUGAGCACCAGGUUUGAGGAGAAGCCAUGCACAAGUACCGUCUUUGUCAAAGCUUAGUAAUAUUUCCAUUGUGAUCAAAGGUAUUAUGAUAUAUUCUAAGACAAGCGUAUAAGUUGUAUUAUGCUUUUGCGUUUCCUGUGUCGCGUGCUGCUUAUCACUGGUUAUAUCCGAACAUGUGACAAAUAUUUCUAUAGUCACGUGUCUUUUCUUUGAUUGAAGCGGAUUAAAUUUACUAAUAAACAGGAGAAGACAUGUUUGGUUCUAAAUACCAAGUGGUAAGACACUUACAGUCAGUGAAUUCUGAGAGCAAGUUUGACACUGGUAGAUUCUGUUCUUAAUUAACUAAUUCAUCCCUGAAGUUUCCUAAUGAACUAUUCAAACCUUUGAAUAGGAAGAGUUCAAAUGUGACUUCAAGGGUGAAUGAAUUAAGUAAGGUUGAAAAUGUUAUGGUUACAGUUUGUUGUAAUGAGUUUGACCAUGUAUCACAGAGCGUAAAUAUUUGUUCCUACUAAUUUUCAGCAUUGUUUAGCCCUUUCACCACUGUAGACCAUAAUGGACUCAUCCCAAUAAAUGCAUGGUAGAGUCCACUAAAGUUACCUAGGGGUGAAAGGGUUAAGACCAUCGAGAUUAUAUUCUCACUGUUAUGUAAAACAUAAAAGUAUGACACAAUGAUAAAGCCUAUUGAUAUUUGAUACCCUGUAAUUUAUGUCCUGGUUGGUUGGAAAUUGUACCAGUACCAUCAGGGUGGUUUUUUGUGUGGAUGCAGAACCAUUCCAUUUAACCAUAGUUGAAAUACCCUAAAAUAUCAAUAAUAAGCAUGGUUUGAAAAUAGGCCAGCCUGGAAAAUAAGUCUUGGAUUCCUUACAUUCAAACAUAUCUUCCACAUUGGUCAUAGGCAGGUUUAACAGGAGACGAUCACAUUUCAGGAUUUAUUCAAGCAACAAUUGGAUAUAAGAUUAAAAAAAAAAAAAAAAAAAAAAUUAAAAAAAAAAAAAAAAAAACAUUAAAAACCUGUAUAACAGAAUAUUUAAAGAAAAUAAGCCUAAGAUCCUUUACUAAAACUUGAAAUAAGCUGUGACUUAUUGAUCAGAUGUUAGAGUAGCAUUACCCUGUGCUUCCACCUGUAAAGUACAUGACUAAAUACACAGGUAAACAGUUACAUGAUACCUUUACCUUGUAAGUUCAUGGAAGUGACCUCAUAGUAUGACAAAAGAUGUUAGACUAAAAAUGCUAUCAAGAAAUGUGGGCUCAGCAGCAAUCAAACGUCUUAUCAUUCUGUCACUUAUAGUGUUUGAUUUUGAUUUCAGUAAUGGUAUAUAUGGAAAAUUCGAAAUUAUUUGAUUCUACAGAAGGAACCACGUCAUUAAUUUGAGCCUCCUGUCCUUCUGUAGAUCAGUAGAUCAAUGGUAACCUGUUAAAUAAAAACAAAAGUUUUGUGAUACAUGAAGCAGUGAUUUCUGACCUUAUCAUAUAAAUAAACUAUUUCUUAUUACAACAAUGAUGAAGGUGUAAAAGUAGGUUGGAGUUACAGUGAAAAUUAACUAAUGGCAUGUUUGGUGCAGAAUGAGCUAACUUGAUAUUAUAUGUUGUAGCGGGUUUAAGUCAGCAAGAAAUGAGUGCCAGUGAGAAUGACCCAAUAAAGCUACUUUUUUUGGUGAAGAAACUGUUUUUGUUUUGUAAAUGUUCAGCAAUGACAGUUGUUUUGUUAGCCUAUUGAUGUUGGCUGAGUAUUGGGGUCCAAUGUGUUUAAGGAUCUUUAUUGUGGGACAUAUUGUAAGAUAUAUCUAUAUAUUUUGUAACGUUUAUUUUCUACUGUUUGUAUGCCUUUUCUAGCUAGUUAAGUUGCAAUGCGUACUACAAACAAAAUAUAUCCAAAGAUGUUGAUGUCAAAAGGAAGUUAAAACUGUAUCAAGUGUGCCAGAUUGUAGUCUUUCACAAUACCCAUGACAUAGAAUGUCAUUGAACACCAGUGUAUAUAAACUAAUCCCACCUGCAGUCUAUAUCCUCUUACAGAAGUCACAAGAUAAACAUUCUCUUUCUGGCAUGCAAAGGUGUAUCAACAUUCGGUAAAGCAAAAUUGAAAAAUGAACAUUAAACCAGUAUCCCCAAAUUUUUCCAAAAGACAAUGAAAACAAUCGGUUUUUGGUGGGAAGUACUUAAAAACCUGAACACCAAAUGCACCAAAGCAAACACACAUAUACCUAAUUCUAUGGAAUAUCUCCCUGAACUCGUCACAUGUCUGUGUGUUUUUAUGCACAGCUCCAAUUAAACCUGGCAGGAUAUUGUAUAUGACAUGUCAGAUGCACAAAAUAAGAAUUUUACAUGAAUAUUCAGUGAAGGCUAUGAAUAUUCAUGUCAUACCAAUAGUACAUAGUUAUUAAUGCUCUACAUUAUGUUGCUAAUGUGCAAUUAUGAUACAGGUUCAACCAGUUCUGUUUAGGAGUUGUUUGGCAUAUAUGUAAAGACAAUUUGAAGAGACAAUUUAUUUGAAGGACUAACUAGUACCUUGAAUUAGAGAAGCCAUUCGCAUCAAGGCAGAUGGG